AUGUUAGACUCAACAUUCGAGUCAAUAUCAUCAGAAAGUAUUCAGUCGAUCACACCUACAUAUGAGCCCACGACGUGGAGUGUGUUAAACACAACAUCUCUUGUUAUUCUUCCGACAACAGAGUCUGUUGCAGUUGUUACAGGAUGUUACCAACAAAAAGAUUUUAUUCCGUCAGGCUUAAGUGAGGGUGAUGCUGUCUUUCCUCGGGGUGAUGACAAUUAUGUUUACGAAUGUCCAUCAAUAGAAGUUCCGAUUGAUUCUAAAGAUUUGGGAUGUUUUUAUAUAUCGACCAAUGGCUAUAUAACAAAUGGGUACUUACUGCCCUACAGCCCCGCGAAGUCGGAGAUAGACCCAGACAAAAUAACAUUAAUGCCUCUAUGGACUGACAUCGACACACGUUUUUCGGGAGAGUUUUAUUACCAAAUCGUUGACAAAUAUAACAGAAACAAUAAAGACAUAACACAAAUAAAUAAAAAUCUUAAUUACACUCGAAGUCUCUUUGCCCGUUAUGGACAAAAGAAUUUCGAUCCAGUGUGGGUUCUAAAAUUGACUUGGAUUUCUGUCAUGCCUUUUGAAUCGACGAAUGCGACUGAGAAGUUAACAUUCCAGUUUAUUCUUGCUACGGACGGUACUGUCACCAACAUGGCCUAUAUUUACGAUGAUUGUGAAUUCAAAUGGUCACGUUUGAGAAAGGCCAUUAUGGGUUAUGUUUACCCAGGCUACAGUUACUACCAUAGAGAUUCCCUCUUUCCGGAUAUAUACCUGCUUGGAAGGAAAGGCAACACCAUAAAUAAGACAAAUGGCGUAUGGAUAUUUGAGCUAUCCAAGCAAUACAAAACGAAUUAUGCUCAGAAAUGUUUGGACUGGAGUAUAAGUACCAGUACGCCCAUUCCUAGUAGAGUUCUUUCAGUAGACCCUUGUCCUUGCACACUCUGGCAGGCUUCGAGUGAUGAGCGGUAUAGCCUUGGCCCGAAUGACUGUUAUUAUCUUACUUUCCCUGUUUCUGGCUACAGCAAGGUGUGUUGCUAUCUCAAUACCGGAUUAUGGGAGAGGCGUUCAUUGAUCAGAGGAAAUCUGCAAUUAUAUUCAGCCAUCUUAGACAAUGCUUUGUGGAUGGAAAAUGAUGAUCAACCUUAUUCCGAUUGUUGCUUGAAUUCCAUUUACUGCUCAAUCUACGAUCAAUUUCGUCCAAGAGAUUACUGUUUAAAUUACAUAUUACCAGUCACACGAUUUACUUUUGGUGACCCACAUAUUCAGACGUUGGAUGGAUUUCACUACACAUUUAAUGGACUCGGAGAAUUCGAGCAUUUAAUCGUCUAUAAUGCAACCAACCCGGACAAUGUCCUCAUGAAAAUCCAGUGCCGAACGAAAGAGGUUGGCACGGGUGGGAGAAGGGCAACUUCUUUCAGUGGUUUUGUAAUUUGGUCCGAAAAUGUCGCCAUACAAAUCAGCACACGGGAGCAAAUGGAAGCCGUGAAAAUUUUUGGAGACAAUCUUGAGCUGACAUCAUUUUACUCAAACAGCAAGUAUACCUGGUACAAGCGGCCUUUUCGUUUAUCCGUAAAUAGUCAACGAAAUAAUUCCUACAUAAUCCAGCAUGAUUCUCAGACAGUAAUAGAGAUAACCCUGGAAGCAUCUAUAUUACAAUUUAGUGUCAGUCUCGGUUAUAAGAUGAGCGAAAUAAAAACGGAAGGAUUACUUGGGACAUACAACAAAAACAUAACUGAUGACCUAACAACGCCAUCCGGAGCAGUUCUUUCAGCCAAUUCCACAGAAGAGGAAAUCUAUUAUAAAUUUGGAUUACUUUGGAGAGUGAACCAAUCCAUAUUCCAUUACGAAAGUAGCGAAUCCCAAGCGAGUUUCCAGUUUCCAAAUUUUGUUCCUACAUUCCUGAAAAUCAACAAAACUUCACAGGAAUAUCUAGAUGCAGUAAAAAUCUGUACCGUGAAUGAGGUCGAUUGCAUUUACGAUUAUAUGAUUACGAAGCAAAGAAAUAUCGCCAAAUAUACCAAAUUGAUUGAACUAGAAAUAGAUAAAGUCAAAUUACUUGAAGGUAUAACAUCACCAAUAUUAAAUGGGUCGAAUAAUAUCACUGUGAAUGUAAAUCAACCCUCAGUUCAUUUAAUGGAUGUGAAAGGUAACAACUUGACUAUCGACGUUAUUGAACAGAAAAAUUGUAACGUCUCUCUUUCGAAUCAGGAAACUCUUCAUUUCUAUCUAUCUGAUUCCGUUAAUAUCUAUCUAUCUAUCUAUCUAUCUAUCUAUCUAUCUGAUUCCGUUAAUAUCUAUCUAUCUAUCUAUCUGAUUCCUUUAAUAUCUAUCUAUCUAUCUAUCUAUCUAUCUAUCUAUCUCAUUCCGUUAAUAUCUAUCUAUCUAUCUAUCUAUCUAUCUAUCUAUCUAUCUAUCUAUCUCGUUAUUUACUGA